AGUGUUGCAUAACCUCCUGGCAGCGAGCAGUAUUGGCUGUAUCCCUCACACAGCGUGCAGCAUAUACGGACUGCUCAUUGGAUGUUGAGACGGGGACAGUCAUCCUGAUACAAAAUCUAAUGCAGUCCGCUUUUAUUGCACAUAAAUGUAAGCUGUUUUGUGCAUAUUUGCGAUCGCGUUGAUAAUUCAGUGGAUGUUGACGCAGCGUUAUCCGGAAGGGAGUUUGCACAGAUAGACAUCACGGGCUGCCUCUUUCUGCGUCUGCCGUCUGUGCCCCGCCCUCUCUGACUCCCAGCAGCAUCACCGGCAGCUGCUGUCAGAAACCAGAGAAUAGAUUCACCGUUUACCGAUCCUGACGGCGGGCGUAGUGUUUUCUGACUGCUUAUGGUAGAAGGUUGUAUGCAUUUGUGAGUACAUGGAUAAUCUUACAAUGCGACUCCUUAUUUUGCAAUAGCAUAAGCCUGCUUGUUGAAGCCUGUUGUCUUCAUUCUGACUUGAUACAUUUGCGUCGUAUAGUGUGAAUAAUACAUCUCUGUUCGAGGUUUUCCAAGGACAUCAGUGAGCGACACGGUGCGGCAGAGAUGAGCACGUCUCACGGCUACACCGAGCAAGUGGGAGGAAACCUGUUUCUGCAGCUGUAGUCAUUGAGUUUUUCCAGACUUCUCAGACGCAUCCUGGGUUCAAAGCUCUCUCUGCUUCAGCUCCUCGCUCGGUUCAGCGCCUGGCUUUAGGCUGCAACGUCAUGAGUUGAUCGCGCCUGACAGAUGUUGCAGUUGCACAGGCGUAUACACUCUCCUCUUGUUCUCGCUGUUUUUGGGGAUGAUUCUGUGAAAAAACGGUGCGUGUCAUAAAUGUGCAAUCCCAGCUUUGUGCUCGUGCUGAUCGGAACCUUCAUUUAGAUUUCGGGAUUGCGUAAAAUGAUACCUGGAUCUGCCGCAUCAAUGCUACCGUCUGCAGAAGCUGCGAAACUGUACCAGACCAAUUACGUCCGCAACUCCCGUGUCAUCGGACUUUUGUGGGCCAUCUUCACUAUCCUGUUUGGUAUGGUGAACGUGACCAUCUUCUCUCAGCCCUAUUGGAUCGGAGAUGGCAUUGAUACGCCGCAGGCCGGCUACUUCGGCCUCUUUCACUACUGCGUCGGAGACGGACACUCCAGAGAGCUGGCCUGUCAGGGCAGCUUCACUGAGUUCGCCGCUAUCCCCUCCAGUGCGUUCAAGGCCGCCUCCUUCUUCAUUGGGAUGUCCAUGAUGCUGGUUGUCACCUGCAUCGGCUGCUUCAGUCUCUUCUUUAUGCUCAGCACCUCCACCGUGUACAAGAUCUGUGGCUGGAUGCAAGCAUUAUCGGGUGUGUGUCUGGUGCUGGGCUGUAUGAUCUACCCUGAUGGCUGGGACAGCGAGGAGGUGCGGCGGAUGUGCGGGGAGCAGACGGACAAGUACAGCCUGGGAGCGUGCUCAGUGCGCUGGGCCUACAUCUUGGCGAUUAUGGGCAUCCUGGACGCUCUCAUCCUCUCCUUCCUGGCCUUUGUCCUCGGGAACAGGCAGGAUGGACUCAUGACGGAGGAGCUGCUGGCUGAGAGCAAGGAGGGAGGAAACGCCUAACCAAGUCUUUAGGUUCCUAAUCCCCAUGUGUCUGUUGUCAUGAAGUACCUGUCCCUCGACAUGAGCGUAGAGGAGGGAGGCCUCCAUGCCUGUGAAGGAGAAAAAUACUACAGAACCAGCCAGCCUGCCUUUCACAUCUCCCUGCCUAAAAACCCUGUGUAACCUCCCGCCAAGUCCAGCCAUCCUGCUUGCAGUCCCUAUCAUCUCCAGCACUUAGAUGGAGCCCGCUGCACUUCAACCCCUAUGUGUCUACAAAGCUAACCCUUACACUACAUGUCAUACACCCACAACAGGGGCAGAGACUGUUAUCCUACUGAGAAGACUACGGACUACCUGCCUGAGAGGGAACAGGGUUGGCAUUGUGUACAUGCAGUAUGAGCACACACACACACACACACACGCAUAUGCACACACACAUACAAACGCACUCACAUGCACAAACCCAACUCUGUUACACACACACAUAUACAGUACAUUCAGACAAAAACGUCAUCAAUAAACUCUGUAAUUACAAGUAUUAAACUAUGUUAACACUUAGCCGUGUGUACCACCGUCAGAAUGUGUGUCAUGUAUGUUUUAUUUGUGAAAAGAAGAAGAAAUUUUAAGAUUAUAUCGGGUUAAUGUAAUUCUAUUGUGUUUCAUAUGUAAUGUUUGACAAUUACAUGAAAGUAUUAGUUUCUUCUUUGUCCAUACAGCCCUUUGUUCAUCUUAAUUUACAAGAAAAAAUCUAUUUAAAUUAACACUGUUUUAUAAGAAUAUUAUCAUCCAAUAGAGAAAAAACUUGUAUUACAAAGUAUGUACAGUAAAUAUUAAAGACAUUCUAGAAAUUUUAACUAAAUCCAUUCAAUGCCCUGCUAGCUAACUUUGCACAGCGCUUCAGUUUGAGAAGAAAUCAAUAUUUUAUAGUCUGUGGUAUCUAUCUACACUGUGAUGGGGGCUAGUAGGACUGUGUGCUGCAGGAUUCGUAGCAGCUGUGUGAGUGUGCAUCUAAAUGUGUGUGCGCGAGUGAGUGUGAGUUUAUGCACAUAUGCGAGUGUUGGUUUGAAUGUGUCGCCUGCAUUAGUAUGUUGGGCCAGUGAACAGAUAUGCCAGCCUCACACACAAUUGUUCUGUUGUGUAACUAAAUCAGUCUGUGUGUUUGUUUCUUUGACUUCCUUUCUCCCGUUGUUUUGUUGGGACAUACAGGGUAGCAUGAUGAAGAGUUAUGUAUAUCGAUCUGUGUGACUGAAGAGGGAACCUGUGGCAGUGGAUCAGUAAGGCCUGUCCCAGCCUCACCUGUGGAUAUGUUCCUGUGUAAAUAGAUGUUCUAUAGAUUCAAAUACUUUAAAAUAUGGAGGAGAUUAACUCUGUUUAACUUAGAGCAAUUUAAGAGAUUCCUAUAAGAAUAUAUGAACACUUAAUAAAGAUUUUCACUGUA